UCCCUCUGUUGUUUUCUUCUUCAGGAUUUCAGAGCAAUGGCUCCCUCACUCAUCUCGGGAUUAAAAUAAAGCUCUCUCUCUGUGCUUGAACAGGAUUUGUGAGCAGGAAAGCCCCACAAACGUCCGACUUGAAUUAGUUCCAGUAAACAAUCCUGGAGACGGCCUCCUGAGCCUACAGCCUACAGAUCCUCAUUGACCCCAAUCUUCCCCUCUUCUGGCACAGAGGACCAUUGGGAAACUCAUUCCUACAAGUGCAGCCCUUCCUGUAUCCUGAACAUUGUCCUUGGGCAAAUGCUGCCCCUCUGAUAUCCAAGGUUGAGUGAUGGAAGAUGUGCAUACCUCCCUAGUGUUAUUGUUACCCACAGAGACUGGUGGUGUGGCUGCCAAUUACACCUUGAGGGUGGGCCAGCCAUGAGAGCGUACCAUGUGGCCAUAUUCCUUAGUGGUGUCUUCCUCUAUUAUGUGUUGCAUUGUAUGUUAUGGGGAGCGAAUAUAUAUUGGAUGACACCCGUGGACAUGAAACGAAGAAAUAAGAUCCAGCCUUGCUUGUCAGAGCCAGCCUUUGCCUCUCUCUUGAGGUACCCUCAGCUUCAUCCUUUUUUGUGUACAUCGGAUUUUAAAGCUCUUGCUUCUGUGUAUGGCAGCAAUAAGUAUGAUUUACCCUAUGGGAUGAAAUCAUCAGAGGAUACAUUUCAAACUGCUCUUUCACACCUGGAGAGCUGUGAACUCUUUGAUGAGUCUGACAACGUGCCAUGUAAAAGGUGUGUGGUGGUGGGGAAUGGAGGAAUUUUAAAGAAUACGAUGCUAGGGGAAAAAAUCGACUCCUAUGAUGUAAUAAUAAGGAUGAAUAAUGGUCCUGUUUUAGGAUAUGAAAAGGAAGUUGGAAGAAGGACAACUUUUCGACUUUUUUAUCCAGAAUCCGUUUUUUCAGAUCCCAUUCACUAUGAACCCAAUGUGACGGCGAUUCUCACUGCCUUUAAGCCACUUGAUUUAAAAUGGCUGUCGGAAUUAUUGAUAGGUGGCAAAAUAAACAGCAAAGGUUUUUGGAAGAAACCAGCCUUACAGCUGAUCUAUAAGCCUUAUCAAAUCCGAAUACUAGAUCCUUACAUUAUCAGAACAGCUUACAACCUGCUUAAAUUCCCAGAAGUGUUUCCCAGAAACGUGAAACCCAAACACCCGACAACAGGAAUUAUUGCCAUCAUAUUUGCAUUUCAUAUAUGUCAUGAAGUUCACAUAGCUGGUUUCAAAUAUAAUUUUUCUGACAGUGGGAGUCUUUUGCACUAUUAUGGAAACACCACCAUGUCUUUGAUGAGCAAGAACGUCUAUCACAACGUGACAGCAGAACAGACCUUUUUGAAGGAUAUUCUAGAAAAGAACUAUGUAAUCAAUCUGACUCAAGAAUGACCAAGACCCAAAAGAUGACAUGAAUAGUAUUAGUUUUAUUUUUAUACUGUGAUUUCUAGUUUAUUUUUAAAUAUGUUGAAGACAAUUGUCAAAUAUUAUGUAUAUUAAGCUUGUUGCUGCCUGGUUUCUGUGAAUAUAUUUAACUUUUGGAAACUUAUGUUUAGCAAUUAGGAAAAAAUUAAAGUUUUGGUUGCACUCUGUCUGUAAACAA